UUGUCCUUUGUUUGGUUCUUUGUUUGGGGUGAGACUGUGUUUCAUGCUCAGCUCCUUUUUAUUCUCUGCAACUGCAAAAGAAAGAAGAUAAUGGUAGUGGAAUCACCGGGAACUAACACAAAAGGGCUAGAAACCAACGACAAACUCACAUGGAAUUUGUGGGGAUUGUCCAAACCUUAUAGAAAUCAAACCCACCAUUCACAGAUCUCAAGGAUCUCAGAAUUUCAGGCUUGAACUUCGGUUUGUUCUCAAUAAAGUAUUGUUCUUUUUCUGUGCUUGCUCGCUUGAGCUCAUACAUUUCUCAUUUGUCCUUGUUGGAUUCAAAUUCUUCAUUUCCAAGUUGGUUCUGUGGUGGGAUAAAAGAAGAAGAAGCAAUUUUGGCAUGUGGGUUCUGUUGGUUUAAUGUUCCUUGAAUUGGGUCUUGAGGAAAGUUGCUGUUUUGGUGAGAGUGGGAUUGCUUUAUGGGAAUCUGAUUCAAAAGAGUGGCCUUUUUUGUUUGGCUAAGGUGAUGCAGACUCGACCUUCUUUGUGAGAAUGAGGAGUAUAAUUGUUAAUUGUGGUGUCUUUGAGCACUGGCUACUGGUUGUGUAAGGGUGACAGAGUUACUGAACUGAUAAUAGGAGUAUGGAACUUAGUAUUUCGGUUUUCUGGCUACCGGUUUUACUUCUUCUGGUGUUGAUGAAGAUUUCUUCUGCUGCUCUUUCUCCUUCUGGCAUAAACUACGAAGUUGUAGCUCUUAUGGCCAUAAAGAAUGAGUUGAUUGAUCCUCACAAUGUCCUGGAGAAUUGGGAUAUUAAUUCUGUUGAUCCCUGUAGCUGGAGGAUGAUUACUUGUUCUCAAGAUGGCUCCGUUUCUGCAUUGGGAUUGCCUAGUCAGAACUUGUCUGGUACACUAUCUCCUUGGAUUGGAAACCUUACUAACUUACAAUCUGUGUUGCUUCAGAAUAAUGCCAUUUCUGGUCAGAUUCCUGCUGCAAUAGGAAUCCUGGAAAAGCUUCAGACACUCGAUCUCUCCAAUAAUGCAUUUAGUGGUGAGAUACCCAGUUCUUUGGGAGGCCUCAAGAACCUGAAUUAUUUGCGGUUGAAUAAUAACAGCCUUUCAGGAGCCUGCCCUCAAUCUCUUAGCAACAUUGAUGGUCUAACCCUCGUGGACCUCUCCUACAACAAUCUGAGUGGUUCCUUGCCAAGAAUAUCAGCAAGAACAUUAAAAUUUGUGGGUAACCCAUUAAUUUGUGGUCCAAAAGCAAACAACUGUUCUACUGUUCUACCAGAGCCACUUUCCUUUCCCCCAGAUGCACUAAGAGCCCAAUCAGACUCUGGUAAAAAAAGCCAUAAUGUGGCACUUGCUUUUGGUGCAAGUUUUGGUGCUGCUUUUGUCAUUGUGAUUAUAGUUGGGUUUCUCGUUUGGUGGCGGUAUAGACACAACCAGCAGAUUUUCUUUGAUAUUAAUGAGCAUUACGACCCAGAGGUGCGCCUAGGUCAUUUAAAAAGAUAUUCGUUCAAAGAGCUCCGAGCUGCAACAGACCAUUUCAACUCAAAGAAUAUUCUAGGAAGAGGUGGCUUUGGAAUAGUUUACAAGGCGUGCUUGAAUGAUGGGUCUGUUGUGGCGGUUAAAAGGUUAAAGGACUAUAAUGCAGCUGGUGGUGAGAUCCAAUUUCAGACAGAAGUUGAGACAAUAAGUUUGGCUGUUCACCGGAAUCUUUUGAGGCUUUGCGGGUUUUGCAGUACUCAGAAUGAAAGGCUCCUCGUUUAUCCAUACAUGUCUAACGGCAGUGUAGCCUCUAGAUUAAAAGACCAUAUUAAUGGACGGCCAGCUUUAGAUUGGACAAGGAGGAAGAAAAUAGCUUUAGGUACAGCAAGAGGGUUGGUUUAUUUGCAUGAGCAAUGUGACCCCAAAAUUAUUCACCGUGAUGUCAAAGCAGCAAACAUAUUGCUAGAUGAAGAUUUUGAAGCUGUUGUUGGUGAUUUCGGUUUAGCUAAGCUUCUGGAUCACAGAGACUCCCAUGUGACCACUGCUGUGCGUGGCACUGUUGGUCACAUUGCUCCAGAGUACCUAUCCACUGGCCAGUCAUCAGAAAAGACUGAUGUGUUUGGGUUUGGAAUCUUGCUGCUUGAGCUGAUCACAGGUCAUAAAGCUCUAGAUUUUGGGCGAGCUGCAAACCAGAAAGGUGUAAUGCUUGAUUGGGUUAAGAAGCUCCAUCAGGACGGAAGAUUAAGUCAAAUGGUAGAUAAAGAUUUAAAGGGAAAUUUUGACCUGGUUGAAUUGGAAGAAAUGGUUCAGGUUGCACUCUUGUGUACACAAUUUAAUCCCUUACACCGUCCCAAGAUGUCAGAAGUAUUAAAGAUGUUGGAAGAGGAUGGCUUAGCUGAGAGAUGGGAGACCUCACAGAGGAUUGAAACACCAAGGUUCCGGUCUUGUGAGAACCCCCCUCAAAGAUAUUCAGAUUUUAUAGAGGAAUCUUCACUCAUUGUAGAAGCCAUGGAGCUUUCUGGCCCUAGGUGACAAGCAUCUUGGUUUUCCACUAUAGCUCCUUGUUUAAAAGGUGUAGUUUAAAUGGUUAAAAAUGGCGUCGUCAUUAGUGUCAAUAGCUAUGUAAUGCUUGUAUUCAUCUGUAAAAAGAAAAAAAGGAAAGUCAUGUAUAAGUAACUUCUUCGUUGGAAUGUUGAUUUAGUUGCUUCAGAAAAUUUUUGAAUCAAUGUUAGAAAAUUGUACGUAGUU